AUGGCAGGAGGACUAUCUGCGACCUCCAACGACAUAAAAAAUGCUCAGCAACAAAGCUCAAACUGGGCGGGUGCCGUAUUAAUUUCUGAUUCCGCGAGCUUUACCUUCGUUACCGGGACCUUCAUUGUUCCUUCUCCCUCUCUUCCACAUAGCGCUUCUGGCAAGCUGGGGGGUCAUUCAGCCUCUGCAUGGGUCGGAAUUGAUGGAGAUACCUGCUCGCGGGCAAUUCUGCAAGCAGGGGUCGAUUUUACUAUAUCUGAAAGUGGGACUCGCUCUUACCAUGCGUGGUACGAAUGGUUUCCCGAAUUUGCCCACGACUUCGUCGACUUUCAAAUCGCAGCUGGAAAUAUUGUCACCGUCACGGUCAGCGUGAACUCCAGCACUUCCGGGAGCGUCAUUAUCGAGAACAACACGACUGGGAAAAAUGCCACUCAAUCUUUGACCUCGACCUCCCCGUUGUGCCAAACCAAUGCAGAGUGGAUUGUCGAAGACUACGAGGAAGGAGGAAACCUUGUGCCGCUUGCCGACUUCGGGACUGUCAAGUUUACGGAUGCAUAUGCCACUACGAAAAGCGGCUUUGAAGCGCCGACCGAUGCGAAUAUAGUGACCAUGGUGAACGUGACAGGACUAGCCCUAAUUGCGGAUGCUUGGACCGACUCUACCUCCGUAACAAUAACUUAUCAGUACGGAUUCUUGUUAUCGAAAAACUCCCAAGAUGCACACACGUCGAAUAGUGUCAGUACCCCCGACAUUCUCACAAAAUCAAGCAGUUCCACCAGCACCAUUGCCCUACUCGUCCUUCCCAGUGACAUCGUCGGCAUCACCGACCCGGCGAAUACGCUUAGUGUGACUCGCAGUAUAGUCGCUGGUAGUAGUGGCGACAGCGACCGCGUCACCAACCCCGCAAACACGCCUAGCGUUACGCCCAGCGUUGUUGCUAGUAAUGGUGGCGAGAGCGACAGCGUUACCGACCCCGUGGAUACCAUCAGCAUUACCCGCAGCGUAACUGCUAGCAGUGACAGCGAGGGAUCUCCCCACAAAGUGAAUGCGACUAGCGUUACCCCCAGCGUCACUGCGAGUAUCGGCAGCAGCAGUGUAGAUGCUCUACCAAAUUCCUUGAACGGCAAUAAUGUGGCAAGCAACAACAGUGAAUCAAACACUGCCCUGUUGGCUGCUCAAAUCACUUCUGCAUCUAUCAAAUCUUCACAUCCACUCACAUUCCCCGUGCUUUUGUCGACGUCAUCCCAAGAUUUACCAGACGGAAAAUCUUCACCUCUCCCCACAUUCUCCGGUUCUUCUCUCUCAUCAUCCCCGAACUCACCAGCCGUCGGAUCUACUUCAGCAUCUUUUCAGUCCUCGGCUCAGACAUCCGUUGGACCUUCCCCUACAGUCCUUGCUAAUUCUUGGAAGAGGGUACCCAUAGGAGCUAUCAUCGGCGGCAUAUCGGGUGGCCUGACCUUGAUUGUCCUGCUCCUGAUCUCCAUUUUCUGUGCCUAUCGCGACCGACGUGCGGUACGUCGUAGUCUCAGCGCGGCACCUCAGGCAGCCAUCAUCCCCUUCACUGCAGAGACCCCGUCCCACAUCAUUUUUCCUACGAGAAAGCUCAUCCAGCCCAGCCCACUCACAACCGAUGACCAUCCAUCACCAACUACUUCCGAAUCAGCUCAAUUUCCCGUCUCCGUGCCUUUACCGCUUCAAACGUUGAGCGAAACAUGUCCGGUCCCCUCAUCCCAAGCACUCCCGAGUGUUAUCGACAUUCAUGCCGGUACCCGGACCAUGGCAACGACGCCUACCGCGCCUUUUACCUCUGUGAGUCAGUCCAUAUCAACACAGAGAGGAUUGGAACGGGAAGGACAAUUUGAGGAGCAGGAGGAAAAAAUGAGAGGGGAGAUGGAUGGGACGGCAGUCGAGCAUUCGAGUGCAGACUCGUUGCCGGAAUAUGAGAGUGCGAGAGGAGAUGUGUUGAUUUACCAUGAGCUUUGA